GAGAGAUUUUGAUCAUUUCUUUAGCCAAUCAGAGCGCGGGACCAUAGUUCGUGCAAAAAUCUCUGCAGGCCAUGACCACACUCUAAGAACUUUUGGAUUUUCUCACUUUUCCGGCUCAUUAAAAGUUUGCAUAUUAUUGUAAUUAUGGGCAAGGAAGAUUUGAUGCCAAAGGUUGACUUCAGCAAGGAAAAGCCAAACGAGUCGCAGCUGCAGUACAUUCGUCUGAUCGAGGAGAAGAACCGCGAGAGGGUUGAAAAACUCCGCAAACUCCGUGUCCGAAAUUUGUGGACGGCCGGACUGCUCGGCACUGCCGUCUUCAGCAUCUACGCCUACUCGAUGCUGUCCGUACGUCAGGAGAGCUUCCUGGACGACUUCAACGAGCCAGCCCGCGAGAACAGUGCCCAGUAG